GCAAUCCGCCACCUCCCCAUCCUCCCGUGUUGGGCACUUUGUAUUUCAGCGCGAGCGACAACUCACAUUGGCCCGCCAUGAGUGACCCGUUGUUGUGCAAAUACGCGUACAAGCCGUGCACGAACCCGCGCGUGGCGAAGAAGGACGGGGACCUCCACCGCUUGUGCGAGUUUCACCGAGACAAGGCAAACGCGGUGCAGAAAAUUUACGCGACUCGGCGACGGCGUGAGCGGCGGUCGCAGCGAUUGCAGAUUUUGGUUCAGCGACUCCUAGGCACGAUCGAACCCGUCCCGUUCGAUUCACCGGGACAGCCAGAGGACGAGCACAAGGCCAGCGAAGAACGCGAGCUGAUCGAAGCCGAGCUCGCCGGGUUGCUCGAUGACGAAAAGAAUAACAAGAGCGCCGACGACCCCGACAUAGACGACGACCUCAGCUCGCACUGGUCAGCGGAAGACGACGGUGAUCGCGACGAGGAAAAAGAGCACGCAUUGCGGAGGCUGCCACCGUCGCAUAGGACACUGUAACCUGUCAACGGAGCAUUUCAAUCCAA